AUGGCUACAAACCUCCUUGUCGCGACCGUUCCCUGGAUUUCCAAUGAAAAAGCUGCAGCAGAAGCCUUUUUCGUGCAAGAAAAGCAAGAAUCCGCCUUUCCCGUCAAAGCACAAUUGCUUUGGCUAAACGAACACCUCUCUGGCAUCCUCAAAGAUGAGGCCAGCAACGUAUUUGCACACUUCAAAACCCCUGGUAGACGCCAGGGCGAUACAGUAGCACGUCCUUUGGCAGAUAAAGCCAUCCGUAACAGCAUCGAACACUCAUCUCCUCUGAAAAACACGAUUACGCGUGAUACCUCUACAAAUAGCACUCCAACAAGAGAGACUGCUACACCAGCUGCCAUUCCGGACAAUGCUCCUCUACAAGACACUCCUAUGCACGAUUCUCCUAUCUACGAUCCUGCCGCAGAAGAAGACAAUGGCACGACACAAGAAAAUGUCGCGGCUAUACAUGAAGAUGGCGAAGCCACUACACCUAUGGAUAUUGAGCCUGUCUCAGAGAUGAGCCUUGGAUUGUCCAGCGAGUCAGACGUGGUAUAUCUGCGUGCUCCAGAAUUGGACGCCCAUGAGCAAAGAAUGGCUGCCUACGAAACCUCGUCACCCACACUACCUCAAGCUGCUAUCGAAGAAGAGCUGCAAGAAAACCCUUGGGAAGAGCCUAAGGAAGAUCCUCUAGAAGAAUCCGAGGACGAGCCCAUCGAAGAAGCUCAACAAGAUGUCGAAGAAGACACUGAAGAAGAAAUUCAAGAAGAACCUCAAGAAGAGGUCGAUGAAGAGAUUGUUGCUCCUGUCAUUCCACGACCAUCCAUCAAAAGACCUGCCUCCUCUCUACUGAGAGCUCCAAAGAAUCUUGGACGCCCAGUUAGACCUGCUAUGGCUGCUGCCAAAUCUAAGACUCAACCACAACCUAUUGCCAUCAAGAUCAAGACACUGUCGACCUCAAAACCUGUCAACUCUGCUCCUGUUGCUGCCCACAACCUGGAGAAUGUUCGACCAGGUCUCGUAAAACCCGAGCUCAGCAAGAAAGCUAGCAUACAAUCCAUCAACACCUUCAAUAAAUCCACUACUAAAGGCCAAGCUAAUGCAGCAAAGGCCUUCUCACUUGCUCAAAAGAAAAAAGAGCUUGACGAACAAGCUGCCGCUAGAGAUGCUGCUAUCAAACAGCAACUCAGGGAAAGGCGUGACCAGAAAUUCGAGGAGCUCAAACGUAACAAGCUCGAAGAAGAAGCAGAGCUUUUCAAGAAAGCAAAAGACCAUGUCGCUGGCAAAAGAAAAAGCCACUUGGAAGAUCUUGACUAUGCUGAAGUCAAGCGUCGCAAGUCUGAAGAACGUCAAGAGCGUGAACAGGCUGCAGCAGACGCGAAGAAAGCAGCAUUCCGUGAGAUGCAAUCCAUGCGACAAAUUAGGCCAGCUGUGAAGUCAGCUGUACCCAAACCACAAAACAUACCUGCACGACCUCCUGCAAGACUAGAUCUGCACGAGGAUAUGAUACAAGAAGAGUCUACACCUCCACGAUUAGGUGCUCAUCUGAGACAACCUAGCCUUCAAAAGCAGCCAGAGCCUGAGCUGCCUGCAUACCCAAGUAAUCUCUCUAAGCCUCCUGUUCGAGUAGCUAGCUUGAACAAGAAGCCCUCUAUCUUCACCAGCACGCAAGCUGGUCCUUCUACUCUUCAUGGCUUUCCACAACCUUCACGAGCUCCAACACAAAUGCCACAGAUGGGCCACUUUGCUACACAAAAGAUUCCCUUUGCAACCCAGGCUCCUAGCAAGACUUCUUCUAUGGAUGUCGUAGCACCCAUGAGGAACAUGCAGAAGCUUGCGACAUCUCCUAUGUCGCUUCCUGAAAUACACACAGACUCCAGUGAUGACUCUGGCAAAGACAGAUCAGUUGCGUCCUGGGCCACACCCGGCCAUGUAUUUGGCAUGCUAUCUCAACAAGAAGCAAUCAAUGCGGACAGCAUCUUCCCCCGAAUCAGACCCAUCGUUAUGGACGACGUCUUUGCCGCCAAUCCGGAAAGACUGAAGCGGUUGAGAGUCAGAACAUCCAGUGCUAAUUGGAUUCGCACUGGUGAUGGACUCAACCAGGUCGAGGUGGUGGAAGAUAUUAUAGGCCGCCAGGCGAUUAAGAACGCUGGCGGAUGGACUUAUGGUGCCGUUAACUGA